UUGGUAACGGGAAGGGCCUCGGGCGCUUUUUCCGACGUUGAUGUUGGCUGCGUAGUCGGACGGGAGGAGUGAUUAAUAUAUGGAUGCAUUCAUCGUCGAGUCUUUUGUGCGAUUUGCUGUAAUAUUCAGAGUCCCAGCUGCUAUUAAUAGCAGUAGUCUAGGUGGGUGGGUUUAGUGAUAGAGCGAGCGAGGUUACAAAGUCAAUGCUAUAUUAUGCAUUUACCUGUUACCAAAUGAUGCGCCUUCAAUUUUACCCUACAUUUGUUACACUGUAUGGGGGUGAUUUGAGAACGAUUGCAGACGACAUACUCUGUACUUCACGAAUGUGAUUCGCAUUUUGGCAAUUAAAAAGCGCGCGGAUGUAAUGUUGAGCGGGGUAUUUGCAAUCCUGUCUCCCACUGAUAACACACAUUUGGAAAGGACUAUAAUCAGUGAUUCAUAAUUUCCCUCCGCUUUCAUUUGGACUGUUUCCAGGUGCUACGUUCUGCUAUUGACUCAUAAAGUAUGAUAUUUAACGCUCAUGAAGAAAAUCUAGGACUUUAUUAUACACACUCUCUUUAACAACCACUUGGGGCACGGACAUUUAAAAUGCGUCUUUGUAAUUGGAAUCUUGGUAAUUGGUGUGUCCAUUAAAAUCGGAUUAAUGGAUUCAAAGUGAAGAUUGUAUACCAUCUCAGACUGGUAUCUUAUGAAGGUCAUUGACUGUCGAUGCGUGCUUUCUGAUUUCAUCUGCUUCAUUAUCUGUAGAUCUUUGAUGAACUUAACUCCCAGACAGAUAAUCAAGGAUGUAUGUCAGUUGAAUCGAAGAGUUCCUCGUGGCCUUGAUGAUAAGGGUUCGUUCACUUCAACUACUGUCCGCCAGCAAUGACCGUUGCCGUGCCCGUUGAGCGUUAUUCUCCGUUUCCAUGGAAAUCCGCAUCCCAUCUGCCUUGCCCCGAUCAUCAACCCUACUGCUGUUACCAUGACGAAUCUUUCGUAGCAUCUGACGAUGGCUGUGAUGACGUCUCCAGCAUCUCACCCCGAUACAACCACCAAUCUACGACGCACGCAACCAGCCCAGGGAACGUAGUUCGUAGUCCCUUGGUAAGCUGCACUCGUACUCCUUUACAGACGACUCAUCACCACCAAACUCCGAUAGCACCGUCUUCACGAUCUGACUGCUGUGUUCGAAAACCGAUAGCAAUGGGUGGGCGAAGUCUCCUUGAUGAGGACGUCGAGGUGGAGUAUGGUAGGGAUGAGCAGACAGUUACCAGCUGCCAUGGCGCCAAAAAACGAAAAUUAUGUGAGAUGCUAGAUGACACAGAAGAAUGCGGGUGUAGGACACCUCAGGAAAUGACGAUGGUCUCAGAGAAUCUGCAGAUGAAUCAUGCAGAGGCCAUCUUAAGAUGUAAUGGUUGUGGACCUAUCGAGGAAUGUUGUCGCUGUGAUCCGGAUGAUUUCUUUCCUGAUGUAAGCAGUGAGAUUGAAUUACCAAUGUGCUACGACGGAGACGAUUUCAAGUCGAGAUCGAUGACAUCGACGUCACCCGAUAUCAUGGACAAUGUGAUUCCGGAUAUACUUCCAUCAUGUAGAACUUCUGAUUUGAUGGUCAUGUCUGAGGAGGACGUCGAAGCUAUCAGGGCUUGUGAUAGGAGGAGAGUUUUGGACAUGUCGUUGCAUAAGAUGCGAUGUAUAGAUGACCCUGAGGUCUCAUUACGAAGGUCUGUCUUGAUAGCCAACAUGGUGACUAAACUCAGGCAAGAGAUUAGGCAAGAAGACUACUGUAGAACGGUAUUGCCUAAGAAACGUCGAAGCUAUCGCAGACCAUGGUUAGGUGGUCCUGAUAGAGUGUCCGAACCACCGUGUUUAUAUCAAGGUAACCAACCUAGGAGGCGUUUCUCUGAAGAUAUGGCUUGGGAAGUCUAUCCUUCUAACGAAAUGCUUUUGAACAAUGGUGGAAGGUACACAGAACAUGAGGACAUUCAAUGUCAAGAGCCAAUUGAUCAGUGCCAUGAACAAAUUCAAACCUCUAUGCCAGAAGAAGAAAGGAACUCAGUGCUUGGGGAUAUAGAUAGUAUUUUUCAAAGUCUUAUGGCCUGUGUUGGAGGACCUUAACGCAAUGAAAGUUGAACAAUUUGUUCAUUUGGGGCAAAUUAUUUUUUCAGUUCAUCAAGGGCAUGGUAUUCUACUUAAUCUACUUCACAUAGAUUUAUACUGUCAGCUUUUGUUCAGGAUUUCCAAAUAGGUUGACACGGAUAUUCCUCUCUGCUUCAUCAAUUGCAUAACGUUUAUGAAUGAUUACAGAUUUAACGGUUCUGCGUGUGUAUUCACAGAGUAAUUUUGCUUUAGAACACACUUAUGAGAGCAAUGAUAUCAUGAUGUAAUGUCGGUAAAAUACCAUGCCCUUUGAAAAUGAUUUUUAUUGAAUUUAAAUUUUCAUAAUUUGUUUUUUGUCAUGCAGUUAUUCACACUUUCACGGAUCAUGCAUAUAAACGGGUUCCGUCCAUAUACUUGUACACGGUGAUUUGUCCCGUCCUUGACAUGAGCUAGUCAAACCCAACAUCUGAGAAACAUACUUUGCUUUAUUUAUUUAUUUACUUAUUUAUUUCACAUAUUAAAAAAGGGUAGCCCUAGUCAGCAUUUGUUGGUUUUCAUCAGGGCCCUUAUAAUAAACAAUACAUUAAAACAUUGCAUAAAUACAUCCAGAUUUACUAUAAAAACAAAACACGAGACUUAUAAUACUGAAUAAUACAAAGCAAGGAUAAAAAAAUGACACUUUUAAGAGAUGAUGUCAUGUAUCCAUUUCAUUGAUCCAUUCGAUUCGCCUAGAGUUAUGAUUAUUUACUGAUAUUAUUCAAGUAUCAGCUAUGAUUUGUGUACUAUAUAUAAUCACUUUAAGUGGGCGAAAGUGUCUGGAUAUAUAUUUUCUAUCAACGUCGUAAAUCAUGAAUAACAGGGUACGUAUGCAGCUGAAGUUGCGAUUGACCCACCAUUAUAAUCAUUUGCAUGACAAUCAAGAAUCAUUUUCAAAUUGUUUGGGAUUUUCUUUUAUCAUUUUAAACAUGCUAUUGUGCCUGAAUGAACUACUCCUUUUAAAUCUUUGACAAGAUAGAAGGAACUUUGUUGUAUAUUUCUAAUUUCCUCCUAUAUUUUGGAGAGAAUGAAAUAAAACAUUAUCAACUGAUUUUUUGUUACUGUUGAUCACGAGUGCAUAGUGAUGAUGACUUCGAUUAAACUCAAAUAUUUUUUUAGUUUAAAAGUUAAUUUGCCUUAACACCAGACGCGGUUCUACAAACAGAUUUUGGGUUUCACUUACACACCCCACCCGCUAAUUCAGCAAACAAGAAAAAAAUGCUGUUUAAUGAUGAUAACUAUUUCAUCGACGUCGAGUCCCUCUGUGAAUCCUCACUUAAUAUGAAGGGGCAAAAGUUGACUUUUACUUGCUCGCUGCGCUUGGUCGCAUAUGGAGUCAUUAUAAUUUGUUAUUAACGAGUUGAUAGAUGCAAAAUGGCUUCGGAAAGCAUACGGAUUCCACAGAUUUUAUCCAUAUGACUAAAUGCAGACGAUAUUUUUAAUAUAAUGGGCAUAUGAUGAAUAACAUAACGCUCCCAACCAUGGAAAUUUUGGGGUUUUCAUCGCUCCCUCCAAUUGCUUAUAAUAAAUGUGUCUUGAAAGAGAACAAUAAAUUGGGCCAGUAAAACUUUGUUAAAGAAUAAUAUUUUACAGCAGACCUAUAGCUUUUCCUGGCUCCCGUGGAUCGAUUGGUCGAUCAUUCAAUAUAUAUAUCAAAAGGUGCCGUGGCCGAGUGGUCUAAGGCACCUGGCUAUACAUAAAAAGUCCGGGGUU